CCUCCCUCAAGGGCGGGCAGAAGCAGGGCUCAAAAUGGCGGCCGGCCGCUACCGGCGUUUUCUUAAACUCUGUGAGGAAUGGCCAGUGGACGACACCAAACGGGGCCGAGACUUGGGCGCUUACCUUCGGCAGCGGGUAGCACAGGCAUUUCGGGAGGGAGAGAACACCCAGGUCAGAGACUUGAGGUGGAGCCAUUAUUCCAAAAAGAUUGCAGAGCCUGAGGCCUGCGAGCAGAUGUACCAGAGUUUAGCACGAAUCCAUUCAAACUAUUACAAACACAAGUACCCUCGCCCCAGAGACACCAGCUUCAGUGGCCUGUCAUUGGAAGAGUACAAACUGAUCCUCUCCACAGACACCCUGGGAGAAUUCAAGGAAAUGAAUAAAGGCAUAUGGAAGAAACUACAGGAGAAGUUCGCCUCCAGGAGUCCUGAGGAGAAGCAUAAGGCCUGGGCACAGGCUUUAUCUCGCCCUCGAACCUAAGCAUGGAGUCUUGUAUGUUGCCAUCAUAAAUAAAACUGCCCUGGUUCCCCUCGC